GCAGGUGUAACCUGAAGUAGACAGCCGGAAUAAAUAUCCCGGCUAAAGCCAUCAUCAUCAUCAUCUCAUGGCUGGGAUUUAACAAAAUGAUACAAAUUCAAAUUAUUUUGGGGUUCCCCAGACAGGAAACAUCAGUUUUCACUGAGAAAAUUAUGAGCGCUAUUAUGCAGUCAGGAACUCCAUCGCCUUCGACGGAUCUCCACACUCCGCUUUCUGUAAUUCAUGGCUUCGUAAAAGCCGUUGAAAACGGCUCAAUAUGCAAAGAACUCGCCCAAGAAUGCAUUCUUUAUGUUUUUGGGCAUAACAUUCAAGGUGUUUCUAAAGCCACACGCUAUUUGAGCGCUGAAAUCAAGAAUGUAUUCGAGCACGAGCAUUUCGAGGAGGCAUGCUUUCUGAGAGAAGGACUGGAGAUCAUCAUGAAGGAACGGUUUGCUCGAACCUUUGACAUCGAGCGACGUAAGACCUCGCAUCUAUGCAUGGAUCGUAAUGUCUACAAUGUGCCUGGUGACAUACUGGUGACCCCACCGCGUCCAGCCAACUUCGACAUGGACAAGUUACAAUUCAUCGAGGCCACUGGCACGCUGAAGCGUUUGAGGGAUAGCGAAUCAGGUUACACUUUUGGUAUAGGACACUCUGCUGCAAUUCACUUGACUUUGGGCUAUCGACACCACAGUCAAGGCAUCGAGAUCUACCUGGCAGUAUAUGAAAAGUAUUAUCCCAUCAGCGUGAACAUGUCAUCCUUGCCCUAUAAUCCACCGAAUGGUAACGACACAGAAGAGGAUUCUUAAUCAAUUCUUGCAGUUCUGGGUACCCAAUUUUCAGGAUCUUAAAAAGUAUUUCAAAGUUUCGGUAGCACAAUUUGGCAUUGGCGUUUGGUGGACCACAAGAAAACUACCAUAAAUAAAUUCCGGGCUAUUCGCAACUAUUUGUACCUGUUGUACUUUCGACAAAUAUGUUUUGUGUUUUAUAAAGUCUGUUUAUUUAUAACUGUUAAAAAUUUAUAUUCCAUGCUUCAAAUACUCCUUAUUCGGAAUUUGUUAAAUUUGAUCUUAGAAAAAUGAGAAAGUGUUUGGAAUUACUUGUUUUUGAAUAUUAAUCAAUAAAAAAUUGUGUUGUAGUCGCCA